AUGGAUUUAAUGAUUGUUUCGGUAUGGACUCUUGUAUUUUCUGUGAUUGUUUUAUUUCUGGGUGCAUUAAAUUAUUUUCUUGGACGAUCUAAUUCGAAUGUAACGACAUCUCAAAAACCAUCUUCAUCUAAUACUACGAAUCAACAGCAACAACAACAACAACAACAGCAACAGUCCAAUCGUACUAAUAAUAAUCGUCGGAAACAUGCACGAAAUGCAAAUAAAAAACGGCAAAAAGCAGCAGCAGCAGCGGCAACAAAUGAAAAUUUAAAUAGUAAUAAUGAUAAUGAAGAUAAACAAGAGAAAAAAUCAACUAUAUCUAAAACAAAGAUUGAAGUAGAAGAAGAAGAAUCAUUACCAGAUUAUUCUAUACAACAAACUACUGAAGAACAAGAUGAAGAUGAAGAAUUCAAAGACCCGAUUAUAACUGAGGAUUUAUUAAUCUCUUCUUAUUCAACACCUAUUCAAGAAGAAAAAGAACCAAUUUUACCAGUUAAACAACACAACAAAGAUAAAAAUAAUCAUAUUAAUAGUAAAACACAAAGUCCAAUCUCUUCAAAUACAAAAAAUAAUUCUUCUAUACCAUCAAAACAAGAAUCUAUUGUCUUAUCAAAACCUCAAGCAAAUGUAGCACCUGUUAAACAAACUUUUCCAUUAACUAGUACAACGAAUAUUGAAUCUACUCACAUUCCACAAGUUACAAAGUCUAAGUCAAAUGAAAUUUUAUCAUCAUCAACAAAUAACAUCUAUUCAUAUAGUGAAAAUAAUUCUGCAUCAUCAAAAUUUCCAAAACAAUCACAAGAUAAUGAAGCAUUUAUUACACAAAAAUAUCGUAGAAAAAAAGGAACAACAAAAACAUCUAUACAACUUGAUUCAUCUACAAAAUCGAAUGAUGUUGUACCAUUAGCAUCAAAACAACAUAUCAAUAACAAUACUCAUUUCGAUUUAUCUUUACAAUCUCACCAACAUGUAUCAUCAACCUAUGAUGGAUAUUCAUCAGAAUCAGACAUUUUAUCAGGACCACCAUCAACAGUACUGACGCAUAAUAAUCAUAAUUCUUUAUCAUCAACAUCAGCUGAAUCUCAAUAUUCAUUAAAUGAACAUGGCAUAAGACGUUCAUUAUCACCAUCAAAUAUUUUAUUAGAUAAAUUAAUUUCAAUAUUUGAUAAUGUUUCGUUUUCAUCUGAUGAACUUGAAUUAAUUCUAAAAAAAUUAACAACUAAACAAUUAUUAAAUAAACAAGAUUGGGAACAUGUAUUAUCAACAAAAACAAAAAAUGAUAAAACUAUUGAACGUCUACUUGAAGAAACAUUUCGUAGUCAAGCAAAACUUCUUUCUAUUGAAUUACAAAUAGAAAGAGCUCAUAUACUUGAAUUAACUAAAACUAAUGUUGAAAUGGAUAAUACAAUAAAACAUUUACAACAAUCAAAUCAAAAUAUGGCACCAUAUCAACAAACAAUUUUAUCAUAUCAAAUGCAACUUAAACGAUUAACAGAUGAAAAUACACAUUUAGCUCAUCAAUUACAUACAUAUGCAAUGAUGCCAGGCACAAUUAAUGAACUUAAACAACAACAACAUGUUCUUGAUGAACAAUUAAGACAAAUUAAUUUAAGAAAUAGUACUUUAGAAAAAGAAAUAGCUGAUGGAGAACGUGCUAGAAAACAUGCAGCAGAAAUAUAUAAAAAAGCUGAUGCUCAAAAACAAGAACGAAUAGAACAAAUGCUUAAUGAUUUACAUAAAUAUAAAAAAAUUGAUAAAGACUUAAGUAUAUUUCAAAAGAAAUACGAUGAACUUAAAGAAAAUUUAGAUACGAAAUUGAAUGAUGUAACUCAACAAUAUGAUGAAUUAGAAGAAACUAGUAAACAAUUAAAAGAAAAACUUCAACAAUACGAACCAUUAAAAAUAAAAUAUGAUCAACUUAUACAAAAUGAUACUGAAACAUCAAAUUUUGAUCAACUUCAACAAGAAUUAAAUGAACUUAAAGCUAAAAAUGAAGUAUUAACACAACGUAAUAUAAUGUUUGUUACUAAGCUUUUAUUGAUUAGUGUAUUAAUUUAUUGUUGUAUAAAUGUACAAUGUGAAGUAAUACAAUUAACUUCACGCAAUAUUUCACAAUAUCUUCAAAAUUAUGUUACUUUUGUAAAAUUUUAUUCAAAUUGGUGUCCACAUAGUAAAAAAUUUGAACCAAUAUGGAAACGUUUUGCUGAAAUGAAAAAGAAUACAGAUCUUCGUGUAGCUGAAAUUGAUUGUUCCAAAGAUGCUCUUGUAUGUUCCGAUCAUGAUAUAUACGGCUAUCCAACACUGAAAUUAUUUGUGCGUGGAAGUGGUGCACGAUAUGAAGGACCACGCCAAAUUGAAUCACUUGAUGCAUUCUAUCGAGAAAAACUAGCUGAAGAUACUAAUUAUGAAGAUAAUGUUGCAACUAAGAAAGCUAUUAUAGAAUUAACAGCAGACAAUUUUGCUCAAAUGAUAUCAACAGAUUUUUCAUUCGUUAUGUUUUUUGCUCCAUGGUGUGGUCAUUGUAAAGUUUUAAUGCCUAUUUUUCAAGAAUUAGCUAAGCAAAUGAUUAAUACCGAUGGAUUAAUAUUUGGAACGGUUGAUUGUACAGUUCAAAAUAGUCUUUGUUUGAAAUAUACUAUUAAAGGUUAUCCAACAUUAAUUUGGUUUGAAGAUGGUGUUGAUAAAGAUAGUUAUAUAGGAGCUCGAGAAUUAAAUAUGAUGCGAAAUUAUAUUGAACAAAAAAUGAAAGAAGCUAAACCAAUAGCUACUGAAGCACCACCAAUAAUAGUUGAACAUGAACAAGAACAAAUGACUGAAGAAUCUUCUGGAAUAGAUAAUCUUCUUAAUGCAAAAACAUUUACACAAGGAAUUAGUUUUGAAGGUUAUGCAUUCGUUAAUUUUGGUGCACCAUGGUGUUCACAUUGUCAAAAAUUAGCACCAAUUUGGGGUCGACUAGCAGAAAAAUUUUCUCAAAAUAAAGAUAUACGUAUUUUACGUGUUGAUUGUACAGCAAGUGAAUCAUUAUGUCGAGAUUAUGGAAUACGUGCUUUUCCAACACUUAUUUUAUUUCGUUAUGGAGAAUCAAAAGUUGAAUAUAAUGGUUCAAGAGAUUUUGAUUCAUUGUAUAAUUUUCUUGUUAGUCAAUUAGAAUUUUUUGGUGAUGAUUAUUUAUUACAACAAGAAGAUGAGAUUAAAAAUGAACUUUAA